AUGAUCUUUCGUUUUAAGCGCUUCACGAUGGAUCGGAUCACGAAGCAGGUGGAUACGAUCGUGCGGUUUCUCGAGCCGAACAUGGCAUUCAUCAACUGCCACAUGGUGGAUUAUCUCACGGAGCAGCACUGGCAACGGUUUGUGCCGGAAGCGAUAAAGCAUGAGCUACAGACGGUUGAUGAUUAUCUGCAGGCGAAGGAACUUUUCUGGGGACAGUUCGAACCAGCGCUCGAGAAAGAGCUUCGAUUUCCGGGCGUGAGAUCAUUUGUCGAUAAUACGCGCCGAUAUCGGUUGGGUGGAAGCGAAGCGAACGAGCUGGCACUCACACUGGACGAGUUUAAAGAAGCUUUAUCGGACCAUCGUAAGGAUACGCGGUUGAAGAUGACGGAAUUGAUGAAUGUGAAAAAGUGUCACGAGGUUGAGGUUGCUGCUGCCGCUGUGGCGUCCCUCUGUACGGCUAUGGCGUCUGCAGAUCCUGCGACAAAGCUGGAGGAUAUUUUAGUCAUCGAUGCGGGCGAUGGGAAAGGAUAUCUGUCGUCGAGAAUUGCUCUAGAGCACGGAAUUAAAGUGCUCGGUGUGGACUGUUCGGAGGAGAAUACUAGCAAUGCAGAAAAGCGUCUCGAGCGUCUGAAGAAAAAAAUUCCCAAAGCCAUCCGGAAGUCCAAUCUGGAAGAGGAUGAGUAUUUUAGCAACUUGGUCAAGGAGGAAGCCACACUAAACACACUGUACAGAACGGCUACUCAGCUGAUCGAUUUCAGCACAAACUUGAUCGAAUUGGCCGCAGGAUACUUUCCCCAGGGCAAUCACAGCACCUUCUGUCUGUGCGGUCUCCAUACGUGUGGUAAUCUCGGGCCGAACUGUCUACGCUUGUUUCAUCAAAACCCAACGAUACGGGGGAUUUGUAACGUUGGCUGUUGUUACCAUCUGAUGCAGGAGCAGUUCAUUGUCGAUGAGUUUUACAACCCAACAAAAGCACCCGACAAUCCCGGGUAUGGGUUCCCGAUGAGUAAAUAUCUGCAGGGACGCUGCUUGGCCCUUGGGCGCAAUGCACGCAAUCUGGCAGCGGAAUCGAUCGAAAGAGCUUGUACGAAUCGUGAGAAUCCGAGCGAAAAGCUCGAAUAUCGAGCAUUGCUACAGGUUGUAUUUCUAGAGUGUGGCGAGAAAAAAUCCCACCAGGUCGGACGGCUCAAGUGCAACGGAUUCGUGGACUACGUAAGAAAAUCCAUUCGCAAGCUUGCACUAACGGAAAGUGUCACGCUAACGGACGAAAGUUUAUUGGAGCUGGAGGCACGCUUUGCGGUGGAGCUGGAACAGCUAAAGGUGUUCUACCUUAUACGGCAACAGUUUGCACCGGUAAUCGAAACGUUAAUCUUGCUGGACCGGCUGUUGUACCUGAGGGAAUGUGGUUAUGAUCGUAGCUUUCUGGUGAAACUGUUCGAACCGGUCGUGUCACCUCGUUGUUACGCUUUAAUAGCAUUAAAAUAG